AUGUACGAGCAAGCAGAGCCGGUCCUGUCCCCAUUUCCGCAUCCUGACAGCGGCCAAACCAGCGGGCCGCCGCCUCAACCUCUUGCUGUCCAUCAGGGUGGUUCCCGCGGGCGUGUCCAUCCUUUCAACGGGGCUGGCAAGUCCCAAGUAGCGCCUUCAUACACGUACGAAGAAGCCGAGGAGGUGAAACGUCAUGCAGCGUACACGCCAGCAGUUAUAAUCUCUGCUGACCGCACGUAUCCGGGUGGAGCGAGCGGCCGCUCCCACUGCAGCUGUAUGGCCGUCGGCAUUGCCGUGCUGUUGAGCAUCUCUGCUGUGGGGCUAGCCUCUCUGACGUUCAUCAACAAAGAGGAAAUAUCACAAAUGUCCACUACUGUUGACGCCUUGAAGAACGACCAGGACGACAUGCAGGCCGACAUACGCCAACUGUCCACCACCGUUGACUCCUUGAAGCGCGACCAAGACAACAUGAAAGCCAACAUACGCCAACUGACCGCCAUUGUUAACGCCUUGAAGCGCGACCAAGACGACAUGACCCAACUGCCCACCACAGUUGACUCCUUGAAGCGCGACCAGGAGCGAAACCGAACCACUGCCUUGGAGCAGCGUCUUCACGAGAUGAGCUGCGCACAGGGGCCUCCUGGGAUGCCUGGCCUGAAUGGUCGUGACGGUCGCGAUGGGAUUCCAGGACCUCCUGGCCAGCCCGGCUCAUCUGGGCCAUGCAGCCGACCUGGGCCCCCUGGUCCACCUGGUCCCGAGGGCCCUACCGGUCCCGAAGGUUCACCCGGUCCAGAGGGCCCACCAGGACCCGAAGGCUCGCCCGGUCCCGAGGGCUCGCCCGGUCCCGAGGGCCAAACCGGACCCGAAGGUUCACCCGGUCCGAAGGGUCCACCCGGUCGCGAGGGUCCACCCGGUCCGAAGGGUCCACCCGGAAACAACGGCUCAGACGGCCGGAACGCCAGUGACGGACUCCCUAGACCACCAGGAAGCUGUAAUUGUUCCAAUAACCCCGUCAGUCCGCCGCCAAUAGCCAUGAAAGAUUGUGACGACGUCUACAAUGCUGGCCACACCACCAGCGGUGUCUACACCAUCCAGCCAGACGCCGCCGGAGCCUCGUUCCGGGUCUACUGUGAGAUGGAAGCCGGAGUCGGCGGCUGGACUGUCCUCCAGAAGCGCUUCGACGGUUCUGUAGAUUUUGCUAAUGACUGGGAAACUUACAAAAAUGGGUUUGGGGCUCUUUUUGGUGAGUUUUGGCUCGGGAACGACAAAAUCUAUCAGAUUUCCAACGAGAAUGUAUACCUUCUGCGCAUUGAUCUCGAGAAUUGGUCCUCGGAAACGGUAUACGCUGAAUAUGACAGGUUCUAUAUCGAGAAUGAAGCAGCAAAGUACCGUCUGCAUGUUGGUGCCUAUAGCGGCACUGCUGGGGAUGGUGGGGGAGGGUUAAGUUAUCAUGAUGGUCGCAUGUUCUCAACACACGACCAGGAUAACGACGAUCAUUCGAGCUCUGACUGCGCAACUCUCCAUGGUCGUGGUGGUUGGUGGUAUAGAGUUUGUGACCACGUUAACCUGAACCAGCCGUACAAGCAUGGCGGCGGGGGGACUGAUUUUCAUGGUAUAGAAUGGUGGGCGUGGGCAGCUCACUGGCACUCCAUCAAGUCUUCUGUCAUGAAGAUCAGACCUGCUCCUUAG